UUGUUUACCAGCCAGCGAGUGUUCAGGUUUAAGACUCCUGAAAUGUGUCGAGUUUUAAAUUAAGGAGGAUUAAACAACGCAAUAACAGACUUAACACUAUCUUUUAACAGUUUAACACAUUAUUUUGAGCCGGCGUUACUCAAGAAAGCGAAUUUGAAGCGUUUUGCGUGUAAGGUGGACACACGGGUCAUUUGUGCUAACGGAUUAACUGUAUGAAUCAAAAACGUUAGGAAAUCAGCCCCGACAUGCAUUAGAACUGCCACCGAGACCACUCAGCUGUGUGUGAGCAGAGCCAGAAGCCGCCCGCUUGGUUUUCUCCGUUUCUGACCACCUUCCGUUCAUCAUGUCGUCGUUUUCGGAGCCUGCGCUGGAGAAGAAGCUGUCCGAGCUGAGUAACUCUCAGCAGAGUGUUCAGACGCUGUCCCUGUGGAUCAUUCAUUACCGCAAGCAUUCGUCCACCAUCGUCCGCAUCUGGCACAAAGAGCUGAAGAAAGCUAAAAGCAAUCGGAAGCUGACCUUCCUUUACCUCGCUAACGAUGUCAUACAGAACAGUAAGAAGAAGGGACCCGAGUUUACCAGGGAUUUUGAGGGGGUCCUGGUUGAUGCCUGCUCACACGUAGCGAGAGAUACAGAUGAGAGUUGUAGGAAGCACAUGGAGAGGUUGCUGAAUAUCUGGCAGGAGCGCAGUCUCUACCGGGCAGACUUCAUCCAGCAGCUCAAACUGGCCAUAGAGGAUUCCAACAGCCCCCGACACAAAGCAGCAGAUGAGAAGAAAGGGGUGAAAAGAACCAUCCAGAAGGUUCAGGAAGAAGAAGAAGACGACGAAGAUGAUGAUUACAGGACUCCCUACUCUCCCAGAGAGACGGACGUGACCGCACCUCAGUUGACGGAGGACCUGGUGAAGGCCCUGCAGGAUCUGGAGAACGCUGCGUCCGGCGAUGCUGCUGUCCGCCAGAAGAUCGCCUCGUUGCCUCAGGAGGUUCAGGACGUCUCGCUGCUGGAGAAGAUCAUGGAUAAAGACGCAGCAGAUAAACUGUCUAAGACGGUGGACGAGGCUUGUCUGCUGCUGGCCGAGUAUAACGGGAGGCUGGCGGCCGAGCUGGAGGACCGCAGGCAGCUGGCGCGCAUGCUCACCGAAUACAUCAACACCCAGAAGGAGGCGCUCAACGAAAGAGAGAAGAAGCUGGAGGAGUACAAGCAGAAACUGGCCCGGGUCACUCAGGUGCGCAAAGAGCUGAAGUCUCACAUCCAGAGUCUGCCCGAUCUCUCGCUCCUGCCCAACGUCACCGGAGGACUGGCACCUCUGCCCUCGGCCGGAGACCUCUUCUCCACCGAUUGAUUCGCCUGUCCGCUCGCCUUCUGACACCUCAAAUCUCCAAUUCUAGAGAAACGCUCGCGAGUGCAGAAACCAACCAGACUCUGAUUCCACCGCCACCAGCCGAUCGACUGAUAUCCCUCCGGUCUUUCGUCCCUUUCGUUUGGUUUUGUUUGGCUUUUAGACAGAAAUGACUGCCGAUUACCGCCGGGUUUGUACCAGAGCGAACGCGCUGUUUGCUGUUCCUGCUUUGAACGCACCUCUGUUGUCUUGUUGUUAUUAGUUUUAGUUUUAUUAUGUAGAUGGUUUCAUUUGGCUUGAUUUGAUUAUUAAUUUCCAUGAGGUGUCGGGUGUGGAACGUCUGUUAAAAAUGAUCUGAAGUUUUUAUCAGUUAUGAGAACGGAGUACCUGAAAUAAAGCUACAGCUAAGCAGACAGCAAACAGAA